CAAACUGCUGGACCAUUUUCACGGUCCCGAGCCAUGGCAAGAAUCUGGCGUGUAGCCUUUACAGAUAGCUUCGUGCAACGAGAGUUGGUCAUAGUGGAAGCCGAUGAAGUCGAACGAGAAAAGGUUAGUGAGUUCCCGAGGCUCGCACAAGAAGUGCUUGCUAUGCAAAGCUGCAAAGCCUGUGAGAAAGAUUGGCCUUUUGAAGGAGUUCUGGGCAUAAACGAGCUCUUAAAACAAGUGGACAUGGGAAGCUGGCAUGCCACGUACUUGAACUGCCUAUUUCAGCACAGGGAGCUACAUGCCAUCGGACUUGGCAGCAGAAAGGAUGGCAGGAAGCGUGCUGGACUUUUGGGUUUGACCAUUGCAGGGCUUUUAGCAGGUUCUUCUCCGCCCCCCCGGGAGCUAGAUGAAUACCUUCGGUGGGCGAAAGAGCAACCUGUAAAGCUGCUGGAACUGUGUCCUGGGAACGUUGCAUCCAUGGAAGCUACCUCUGGGCGCGAUGAAGACUGGACACAUGAACUGGAUGCACAGGACUGGGUGCCAGAAUCUGGUUCCUGGAUAUGGUGGAUGGAUUGGAAGACAUUGGCGGUUUUGUGCGAAGAUGUUGGUGCCCAAAUAUUUGCAGAUGCCAACAUGUGGCUGUCUGAAUUGGCAGAAAAUGAAAACUGGAAUGAGGAGGAUAGGAAGAGCUUGGAGCCUUUCCGUGUGCAAGUCAAGAAGGUCUUCCCAGACAUCUUCUACUUUCCAACACUCUUCAAGCAGGAGCCAUACGACUACCAGGUUGUUGGCAUUGGCCGCGACAUCAAACAUCGCCGCCGAGCAGCCUGCCUUGGCUUCGCUGCUUUGAGGUCGCGGGGACACAAGCUGGAAGGGCAGCGAUGGCUUGUUGUAGAGGAGGUACGUCGGUGCAGAUGGUUUCCGCAACAUCGCCUCGAACGUUUCUAUGACCUGGACACCUGUGGCUUUUGGCUCAACAUGCAAAGAUGGUGCAACGGUCAUCAGUACGAGCAGCCUUUGCAAACUGCGCAGUUGAAAGGAGCGGGACAGCCCUUUUCUGACAGAGAUUUAUCAGACAUCCGGAUGAACUGCCAGCCAGCUUUGUUGGCAGAGCUGGAGCGCCACGGAAGCUAUGCAGAGAUUGACUUGACAAAAUCCACGUAUCCAUGGCCAAAGAUCAUUGCAGGGCAUGCUGAAAAGAUUCGGAUUGUGGGGCAUGGGGUAGAGCGAUUUGCCGUUGUUGCUGACAGUGAGCAGUCCCGUGAUGCAUAUCAGGAAUCAGAGUUGAUCCACUUCGUCGUAGAUUGUGUCGAUGGCCAAAGACAUAGAUUUGAUUCCCUGAAGCGGACACACGCAAGCAAAUGGGAGCAGCGCACAGCCGAUGAUGAGACUCUUGCUUUCCGGCUUGCAGCAGGCUGGUCUGUGAAGAAGCGAUGGGAAGCCUACGUCCCCAACGUGUUUCAAAAUCUGAUCCGGGACUUCAAAGAAGACCGACGGCCCCACGGAUGGUGCGAUAAAGACUGGAAACGGCCAAGCCACAAGUCUCAUGCGCACGCUUGGAGGCUGGCCUCGGAUCUCGAGAAGGACUUCAAUCAAUGGCUCUGCAACAAAACUGCAAGAUGCGAAGCCGUGGAGGAAGUUCGAGACAGCGCAAACUUCCUGAAGGAAAGCUUUGAAGAGGCUGUGGCAGGCUUUUGUCUCGCGGGUGACACAUCGCAGAGCGCCGAAUCAAACGAAACUGCGGACCGUGCUGACUGUACACGGGUGCGAAACAACGGGAGCAGCUUUGAAAUGUUCAGUCCGCUACAAAAGCUUAUGUUGGAUGAUGUGCUGCGGCAGGAUGACACAGGUCGCUUGCUACGGCCCCUGGAUCCAUCCCGUUGCCCAGAAGCUGAGCAAGCAUACUGGCCUCAGUGGCACAGUGCUGAUGAAGACAUACGCUUUGCCCAUGUCAAUGUCAGUGAGAAAUUUCGGCAUCACCACUCAGACCAGUAUCUUGACGAUUUGAUUGCCCAGCUCGUGAGAAACCCACGGAGUUCUGAGGACAUUGCAGCUUUGGUAGCCGUGAGGCUGCUACAUACUUUGUAUGUGGUAAUGGGGAACCGCCGCUUGAAAUGCUACAAGCAGGCAUACGAAAAUUUUGGAGUGCUCUGCUGGUUCAAGGUCAUCGUUCACGAGUUUCCCAGAUGCGACAGCAUCCGUGAUCCUGCUACGCGCUAUGCUUUCAAGAUGAAAGCAAUACAGGCCAUGAGCACCAUGAAUUUGGGCAAAGAAGUCGAGGUCCAAAGGCGCAGGCCUCGGUGAGUGGAAAUGUGUUUUCGGCAGAGGUCGGUUGGGAGGCCAAAUUCCAAUCUCCUUCCGACCUUGACAAAGAUGCUGCUUGGCUGCUUGCUUGCACAUCUUGCACACGGAACGCUUCAGUUGUUGCUUCUUAGAUGUCUGCAACAAGUUGCGACAAGUGAAUGGCAAAGUGAUGCACACUUUCAGCCCGGACAAAA